GGAGGAAUUGGGAGGUUCCUCACUCUCUCUCUCCCCUCAGUCAGGCAGUCACAGUCACAGCGCCGCCUCUUCCGUGCAGACACCUCGCCGGCGGCGCCUCUCCUUCGCUCGUCCCACAUUGCCAGCCGCCGAUUCUCCCCGGGCCCUCCCUCCUCUCUUCCGCCCCUCCCAUGAUCUCUUAUUCUCAGAAGUCUGCCGCUCCUUGCAACUAGCCUGCCUGAGCCUCUCCAUUCGCACACAAAUACCCAAGGACGAGGGAAAUCCUCCAAAUGCCGCGGAAAUGCCGGAGGCCCGCGCCGCCAGAUGGGGACGGCGACGCGACGGCCGCCCUCGACGACGCGGAUCUGGAGGAGAUUCUCCUGCGCCUCCCCUCGGCGGCCGACCUAGCGCGCACCGCCGCCCUCGUCUGCCGUCGCUGGCGCCGCGUCGCCUCCGGCCCCGCCUUCCUCCGCCGGUUCCGGCGCCUGCACCCGCCCCAGCUCCUCGGCUUUUUCAUCUGCAAAGGCGGUCGCCCCUGCCGGUACGACGUGCACGACCGCUCUCCCCUCCCGGUCCUCGACCCUACCUUCCUCCCCUUGAUCGAGCCGAAUCCCGGCGUCGGCGGCGCCGUCAGCUGCUGCCGGAAUUUCUCCCUCACAUCCCUCCCCUCCGUCGACCACUGGUCCCUCGCUGACUCCAGCGACGGCCUCCUGCUCUUCUGCUCUUCCUGUGACCGCUCUAUCCACGGUUACUACCUGGAGCUAUCGGACCGCAGAUACAUCCCCAAACACUUUGCCGUCUGCAACCCUUUGUCCGGCCACUCUGCUCUCUUGCCCGCGCCUGACUCCGGCCUUUAUCUUUAUCUCUGGUAAUCAGUGACAGAGACGAGGGAAACGUCGUCUCCUUUGAGGUGCUUGUUGUGACAUAUGUUCAUGAGGAGGGGCCAUGCCUUUGUGCUUCUCCUCAAGUUCGGGACAAUGGGCGGUGCUCCCAUGCCCUGACAUUUAUAGGCUUUACAAGUACAGUGACAGGAUGCCCUGGUUUGACGAUGGCGCGCGUGCCAGUGAGUGUGUCCAUUGGGUUGUUCACGACUGGGAAUUGGAUUUCGAGCAUAUCCUGGUGCUGGACUCCCAAACCAAGAAGUUCUCCACCAUCAAUUUGCCAUGCAGCCACAUGUGUGAGAAGUACCAUAGUAACAUCAAGGUCGUGAGGAGUGUGGGUGACAGGGAGUCAGGGACCUCCGUAUCGUGGCAAUGGCGUGGUCCAGCUGUAAACUCCAUUUGUGGCGUCGUGACAGGAGCAGGAGUGCCAAAGGACGAUGGUUGAAAGAAGAUGUGAAGAUUUUGAGUGUGGAUGAGGUGGUUGAUCUCCUAAUGGAAGGUGUAGCUUGGUGUAAUAAUGCUUGUGCGGUUAAGAUUAUAGAUGCUGGAGAGGGAUUUGUUUUCAUCAAGCACAGUGAGACUACCUGGGUGUUUGUUCUCAACCUCAAGGAAAUGACACUUCAGAAGUUGCCAAAUAGGGAACGUUACUCUGGGCAUGCACUUCCCUACAGGAUGGCUUUAUCUCCCCCCUUACCAAAUUUCGGUGAAGGGAACCACUGAACGAUCAAGAAGGGAACCAUUGAUCUAGGUUAUACAAAGCUGUGACCAGUUGCCAGAAAGAAGUGCAGGAUUUUCUAACUCCAUCUUCAGCAACGGUUCCUGAAGGAACAAAUGCUCAUGAUUCAGACAUCAAAAUUUGGGAUUAUGUUAUUGACUUUUGAAGUCUGGAAAUGCAUCAAGCUGAAAGAACCAAAGUUCAAUCAGAAGAUAAAAGCUGAUCGUCCAAGUAGCUAGUCGGACGACUAAUCGCGAUUAGGCGACGAUUAGUCGGACGAUCAGACAUCUGAUCGACAAAAGCUAGUCGUUUCACUUAUCGAAGCCAGCGGAGCGAUAAGGUCGACUAAUCGCGAUUAGUCGGACGAAUGUAUUUUUAGUAAAGUGGAAUAUCCUAUUUUUGUUCAGUGUGUUCGGUUGGCACAAAAAUGUUGUAAGUUUCGUCCAAGUAUAAAAUAGAUCCAGUUUAUCAAAAUUCAUAUCAGUACGCAUUGUAAGGAAUGCUUAUCUUUCACUUCUGCAUUAAAGUACAAUCUUUCUUCUUGAUUGCUCUGA